AUGGAUGAAAGUGUGGAAGAAAGAGAAGAAAGGUUAGAAAGCAAUAGAGUGCGGAACUCUAUAUCUAGAAUGAAUAAAAAUAUGGAUGAGAGAGAUGAAAGAUUGUGUAGAAAUAGAAGUAAUUAUCUUAUUCAAAGUAAUAUUCGUAAUGAAAUAUUAGUAGAGGGAGCAAUGAGAGUUCAGGUAAUAAGAAACAAUAAGUCGGAAGAACAAACUGCACAUAGACAAGCAAUUGAUAGAGAGAGACAACAAGUUAUUAGAGAAUUGGAGCCUAUUCGUGUCAGACAAAAUAGACUUGCAAUUGAAGUAUCAAGGCAUGUGAUAAGGAAUAAUAAUAAGUGGUUAAAUAAACGAAACAGUGGUUUUUCUUAUGAUUCACUUAUUAAUUAUUCUGAAGCUGCAAAUAUUGGAGAAAUGAAUAAAAUUUGUAACUAUUGUCAAUCUUUGAAAUGGGCAGAUGAAGCGAAGGGCUUAUGCUGUUCUUCUGGCAAAAUUGUUAUAACUUCUUUACCAGAACCACCAGAACCUCUUCGAUCUUUACUUAACGGAGAUCUUCCUCACUCUCUGAUGUUCUUGCAACAACUUCGAGCUUUCAAUAGUGCGUUUCAAAUGACGUCAUUUGGAGCUUCUGAAGUUUAUGAAUCAGGGUUUAGGCCUACAUGUAGAAUUCAAGGACAAGUGUAUCACAGAAUGGGAUCUCUUUUAGCUUCAUCUGGUCAAUCCGCGAGCUAUCUUCAAAUAUACUUUAUAUCCGAUGCUCAGGAGCAGGCUACAAGAAGAGUUUCCAUUUUUAAUACUCUUGAUUCAAACUUAAUUCUACUAAUUCAAGAUUUGCUACACGAACAUCACACCUAUAUUCGUAGUUUUAAAUCAGCUGUAGAGGCAAUGCCCUCUGAAUCACCAGAUUACAGAAUUGUGAUAAAAGAAGACCGACUUCCAGCAGGACAUCAUCCAGGUAGAUACAAUGCACCAACUGCAUCUGAAGUCGCUGUAAUCAUGGUUGGUGAACCAAGUGAAUCAAGGGACAUUGUCAUACAAAAAAGAACAGGACAACUGAUUAGAAUAUCUGAGACUCAUCGCGCUUAUGAUACACUCCAAUAUCCACUUAUUUUUUGUCGUGGAGAAGAUGGUUACCAUUUUCAGUAUAAGCAUAGAGAUCCUACAUCAGGAGAAUUUGUAAAUAAAAAAACUUCUGCUUUGGAAUUUUAUGCUUAUCGUUUUAUGAUCCGGGUAAACGAUCCUAACCACUUACAUAAAUAUCGGCAAUUAUUUAAUCAGUUUGCAGUAGAUAUUUAUGCGAAAAUUGAGAGUGAAAGAAUGGUCUAUUAUCGAACACACCAAACCGAACUAAAAGCAGAAAAGUAUAUUCAUCUCUAA